AUGUUUAAAGAUCAUUUCAUAAGGGUGGAAUACUCAGAAGACCACCAAGAUGUAAAGUACGAAAACCUGUUGAAGAAGGCCGCUAAUGUUGUACCUGUUUUUGAAGUGUUAGGCCGCGCAUCGAGCGUGCUGUACAGGGCCACACGCCAGAGAGCCUUCUUCAGGAGCGUCACUGUGGUCCUUCCGGCUCACUGGUCUUCCUCCCGCUGCCCCAGGCACUUCAACACCACCGCUCCGCCCAUCUUCCAGCCAGCCAUCACCAUCGGUCGCCCACACCCCGUGUACGUCCACAUGCCGUGGACUCUACAAGUGGGCGGCUGCGGAAAACCCGGGAGGACUAUUUACAUCACCCACGAAUAUUUCUCCGACAGGAAUCUGUCCGACUCUCUUGGGGAUCCAGGUCGCGUCCUGGUACAGGAAUGGGCUAAAUACCGCUGGGGAGUCUUUGAGGAGUAUGGCCACCCUGGGGACCCCCUCUACCCAGCCUUCCAUAGGACCCCCACCCAGUCCCACACGCCUACAGGAUGUUCGAAUGUCCCGGUACAAGGAAGCACGGUUCACUGCGAGAGCCACCGCGAGUCCUCCUGCCGGUUCUCCGCCAGCGCCAGCGGCAACGACGAGGUCACCUCCUCCCUCAUGUAUCUCCACCAUCUCCCUCACGUCACCCAGUUCUGCGACGGCUCCUCCCACACGUCCACUUCUCCAACAAAACAGAACGCCCUUUGUUCCCGUCGCUCCGUUUGGGAAGUCAUCGAGCAGCAUCCGGAUUUUGCUAAUGGCAGCAACCCAGCUGGAGACCCUACGCGUGACGUCACACCCACUUUCAUGUACGUCCGUCCUGCUCCGACUCGAUAUGUCAUGGUUGUGGAAGACACCACCGUCAUGAAUCUCCAGAAACGUUGGGAAUUCCUGCGCAAAGCCGUGCGCAAGUUGCUGGUUUACGACGUCCCCGUGGGAAGUGCCGUGGGCGUCGUGCUUUUCGACCACGUUGCCAAGGUCAAACUACCCCUGACCCCGACUCCGGCAUCUCUCGACGAACGCCAGCGCUUGGCCACCUCCUCCCUGCCCAGGAACCCUUCCAGGAUCCCGGAGAGUCAGAAGUGCAUUAUCUGCGGUCUGGAAGAAGCUGUUAAGAUGCUAGAGAAGUACGGAGAGAGCGCUGCAGGGGGCGUCAUCCUCCUGGUGACAGCCGGGUCCUCGCAGCCCAUCGUCACGCAUGACCUCAGGCAACUGGAGGCUGUGAUCAAGAGGAAGGGCGUCAGGGUGGUGCCCGUCCUGUACCCGGUCACCGGGCGCAACCCUCAGCCGGUCUCGGGCAUCGAGAACUUGGCCCAGAUUUCAGGAACUGAAUCCUUUGCUGUUCUGGACGAAGGAAUCGGCAUGGACGGAAAGGUGUCCAUGAUGGUGGCUCUGAUGGAUGCUCUGUACGGCGCCCUCAGGAUCUUCAUCCCGGACCCGAAUACUCUACCUCUGGUCGUUCACAAAAAGGAGUUCCCCGGUGGCAUCGGCAGCAUCUCCCAAGGAUCCUUCACCAUUGACGAAAGUCUUGGCGGACAAGUACGUUUCGCUCUCACCUACUAUGACCUGGGUCAUGUGGGCAACAUGAUUAACCUGAUAGACCCGAAGGGCAGUAGCCUGGAAACGCUCAACCUCCAGGAAGAGGACGGCGACGUCAACAUGAUUUUUGUCACUGUCCAGGACGCUCUGGCCGGAGAAUGGCUUUACCGUGUCGAAAACCGAGCAGACAGUCACCAGAGCCUUUUCGUCCGUGUACUGGCGACACCACGACCUGCAAAUACCACAUCCAGCGCCUCUUCCCAUAGAGAUUCUCACGCUGUCACCAUCUCGGCUUGGACUUCCACCACUUCUACCGUCUUCAAUGUCUCGAAUGUCGACGAUCCCGUGCUGGUUCACGCCCAGGUUACCUGCGGAGGAGCCCCUGUGGUCGGAGCAAAGGUAGAGGCAUCAUUACAGAGACUUGGUUUUAACAGUACCGGAAGUCAUUAUGAGCCUCACACCUUCCUUCUCUUUGACAACGGCAACGGAGAUGCUGAUACCACCAAGAAUGACGGUGUUUAUUCUCGUUACCUACCUUCCUUCGGGACCUCCGAUGCGCGGUAUACAUUGAGUUUUAUCCUGACCGACAACGACGCCACUGCCCAAGUCAUCAUGCCCUCCCAGCAGGCACCAAGUCCUAGGCCUGGUAUCUACGUCAACAACCACCACUCCUACAGUUCUCAGAUGGGGUCGUCUAGCAUCCAAUACACUAGGACCAGAACCUAUGCUCCAGCAUGGCCAAGAUGCUGUGGUUCAGUUGUUCCCUACACCACUGGACGUCCAACUGGCCAGCUUUCUAGGACACUAACAGUGGGUGUCAUUGACAUAGUGGGUGGGAAGCACAGUUCUAUCUUCAGCAUCCCUCCAUCGCGCAUAGGCGACUUCAGGGCUGAGAUAAACCCAUCUGCCCAACACAUUACUUUCUACUGGACAGCUCCAGGAAGCAACAGGGAUCAUGGAACAGUUGCAAAUUAUGAAGUGGUGUUCUCAAGGGAGGCUCCAUCAACGGCUCAAGGAACAGGCGAAAUGACAAAUGAUUGGGCAAAACCCUUUCUUGUUGGUACGGCAUCAAGUCACACAGUCAUCUGGAGGAGACAUGAUGGUGUUUACUAUUUUGCCAUUCGCGGGGUAAAUCAUGAACAUGAACCUGGACCCUGGUCAAAUAUAGUAGAGGUAUUCAUGCCUCACCCACCAACAACUACUGAGAUCAACACACGGGGAUCUACACAAGGUGGUCCAGUUGGAGGCACUGUUGGUGAACUUGGGGUUACUACCCCACAGCCUAGUAUUCUUACCCCUCGAGACAUAAUGGCAAUUGUAGGUGCUGCUUGUGCAAUUCUGGUUGUUAUAUUGAUGAUGACCGUAUAUUAUCUAAUUGUUAUCACAAGGAGAAGACGCCAACAACAGGAGAAAAAAGCAAUUGAAGUCCUGGAACCUGCUACUACAACACCUGCAGGUUGCGAGACCGACAGCGAGACAAACUCCAUCACCAAACCACCCCCUCCACCUCCUGAGGCAUUAGCUGUUGGAGAAGCCGAGGUGACUGGUAAACGAUCGUUAAGUCCGAUACAGUCAUGGCCCGCAUCUACGUUGCUUGCCGAACACGAGAGACGACGGCCUAAUGAUUCUCCUGAUGGUGGUGAUGGUGGUGGUGGAGAACUUGCUCUGCACCAUCCUGAUCUUGGUGUGCCAUAUAUGCCAAAUGUUCACCCAGUGCACCCACAUCCAUUUUAUUAUCAUACCCCUAAUGGUCAUUACAUUGAAGACAACUUGGCAAUGGACACUGGCUCAAUGGUUUCUACCCAACCAUCAGAAUCUCUGCUCGUCUACAAAGUCGAUACUUCAGCUAGUGACAGCAUUCGCCCUCCCUCUUCAUCUGUAACUCCAACACCAGUUUCUUGGGAAGGUGGACCUCGACAAGGGGCAACUAAAGUACCUCCACCAACACCACCUAAACCCACACUUGCUGCCCAUUUGACAUUAGGUGGGGUUGCUGCCAGUCCUAUGGGCACAGAGAGAAAACGACGCAAUGUUACCCAAGUUUAAGCUGCAUUCGAAACUUUUGACAGUUAGUGACCAAAAUAUAGUUGUACUACUCUUUUGAGAAUUCCUAGAAAUACAGCAUCUAGAUUUCUUGAUAAAUGCCAGUACUACAUCCGUAGUUUAAUUUUUAGCAUUUUUAGAUGUGUUGGUAAGAUAUAGCAAUUUGGAUGUAUGGAUUAUAAUGAUUGGAAGGUUCAACAUCCAGGAAGUGCAUAAACCAGUUCUCAAUUGCCUUGGUAUUUAUAUCCUCUGCAGAUAUAUUCUACCUCAAUUCUGUUUGUAAUAGUAAUUGUUGUUAAUUGGGAAAAUCAUUUCAAACUUUCAUUAUUUGUUUACAAAAUAUCUAGUCAGAUUUGGAAAGCUAGUAUUUCUAAUGGGAAUAUCUGAGAAAGUUAUGUUAAAUACUGCACUUAAAAUUGAGAAAGUCAUACAGGAAAAUAUGUACUGGUGCUGCUACUUCAAACUGUGUUGCUUUACAUUGCUGGAAGUUCACAUGAUAAUUGCUAAAACAUAGGAUUUUUGUGUGUAGUUUGUAAGGCACUUGCAUUGAAAUGUUAUUUUCUAGAAAGCUCUGAAAAUAAGUUAAGAAAAAAUAUUGAAACAAAAAUUUUCGUUUUUAUUGUAUUGCGUGGCUAGGGUUAGUAACAUGCCCAUUUGUUAAAGCUGUUACUGUGGGCAGAUUUUAGUUACCUUUCAAAUGCCUUAAUUCACUAAAUUCAUAUGUUUACUUUGGAAAGUUAUAGUAACGUUAGCAUUCCUUUCCAUAGUGCAUUCCAAAAUGCUCAUUCCAGUCUCUGCACAAUAAAACCUACUGUUGGGACCUGCAUAACAAUUAAGAACUCCAUCUGACAUGGAGGAGAGGAUUAAUAUAGAUUAUAGCCUGCAAGCUAUACAUGUAUUAAAGUGAUAAAGUAAAAGUAAUGAAAGGACACGUUUAAGUCUCACAGUAAAGGAAAAGGUAUCAUUGGUUGCAAUUACGCUAAAUUGUGUCUAGCAGUGACCAAUUCCUCAUGUUUUUAAUACCUUUCAAGAAUGAAAGUCAGUACUGACAAGUUUUGAAAUUUUAUGUUGUAUUGUUUUGUUUGUUAUAGUUUAUACAAAUAGCUUUGGAGUGUUUGUAAGACUGUGUAUUAAUCUUAUCAGUGUUGAGAGGAAGGGUGUGUAUGCUACCCAUCUCCUCAUGCAUGUGUGUGUGUAUGAUCUCAUCCAGUUCUUUCAUUCAUUACUGUAAGUUUCAUUAUCUUUCUGACAUUUGAGAUGUACAACUGUACAGCCGUCGUCCAUCAUGGAAGUUUUCUGCACAUGGUCACCUUGUAAUGUGUUUAUAGCUGCACCAUUUUUUGUAUAUGAUGUAAAUAGAAUUUUUUGUGCCAAAUCUCAUGUAGGCCAUGUCUAUUUUUGUACUUGUGAUACAUAGGCAUGAAGUGGGAAAUAGAGAGGAAAAACAUAUAAUCACUGUCUCAGCACAGACAUUAUUUCAAAUGCAUUUUUAGUGCAUUCUUGUGAGUGACUGAGUUCAAUUCCUCGUGGUUAAAAUAUACUGUACGUACUGUAAUUAGUGUUUAAAUGUGUUGAGAAUAAUUUAUAUGAAUAGUGUGAAGAAGAUUUAAAGAGAAUGGAUAUACAGUCAAAAUAUAUGAAUAAUUAUAUGAGGCAUAGAAACUGCCAAAAAGACAGUUAUUAAUAUGCCGUAUACCAAAGUGCUGCACGUGAGCUUAAUGACAGUGAUUUUAAUUAGUUUUAUCAAAGCGUAAAAGCAGAAAAACUUGAGAUACCAUACUGAAAUUACAAGGUCUUAUGGUUAGAAGUGGCAGAUGAUAAAAAUAGCAGUUCUCUAGAUGUGAAUUAGUAUAUUUCGAGAGUAAUGUUGAAGACUAUAAGACUUGCUCUGUAUGGCUAGCAGAUGAUUUACUUAUGUAACAGGAUUGGAUUAUAUAUAUAGAUAUAAUAUAUAUAAUUUCCUUAGCAGCUUUUUAGGAAAUUCACCAACCUUUCAGACUAAAUGCACUUUCAUUCAUUCAAUUUUGUGAAUUUGGACCAAUUUGUAUAGGGGAAAUGUCGGCAGUUCUCAUUCAUUAGUCAGAAGAUCUGCUCUUAUUAUUUGAGGAACUACAAUAAUUUUUUAUUUCUUGUAACCAGUUAAUUUCAAGGUUUAAGGCCAGCACUGACUCCUCCUCUCAUGCUCAACAUGGGCUUUUUGCCCAGAAAUGUUUAAAGAUUCUCUCAGGAGUCUAUGUUUGGUCAAUAAAACCUCUUAAUUGACAAGAAGGGAAAAAGAAGAUUUUUAGAUUAAUCUUAACGCUCAACCAGUGACUAAAAAUUCCAGCAAGAGUGAACUUGGAUUAGGGUGUAUGUAGUUACUCUUAAAGAUUGUCUCAGUACUAAUACAUAAAUAAUAACACUGUGCUAAUGAAUGAUAACUGUCUUGUAAGAUUUAAUUGCUAAUGUCAUAUGAAAGUUUUGUACUACAGCCAUGUAUAAUUGUAAAUAUUUCACUUAUUCAUUCUCAAGGUUUUGUUCAUAGGGAGCAAGACUUGAUUAUAUGCUCAGUUAUGUGCAGCAGUUGCUAAAUAUGGUUUAUUAACCAUUUCUUUUUAUUUUCCUGUUGAUUUCUUUAAUUUGGAAAUGCAUAUCAAUCUGCUUAGCACUUACGUAUUGCCGUACGAUAAUCAUUACCGUGUAAGUCUGCACAUUUGUGUUCUAGUUAGUAAGAGAUCCACUGGUUCUCCCACUGGAGAUCAAGGCAGAAACCUGCCGUACUGACAAGUUAUCAAAUACAGUACUUUAUGGUGUACAUUAGCCUUCUUUUUUCAGCUUACAUGUAUCUUGUCAAGUUUAGCAGUAAUUUGUUGUAUUCUCUGGCACUAUGGGAUCUUGUCAGUAUGACAGUUGUUUUGUUAACAGCUUCAAUGCUAUACCAUAUUACAUAAAUAACACACUGUUGCUUUGACAUUAAAGUUUGGCCAUCAGUACUGAGAGUUCUUUGGUAGAUCAUAAUGUGAUCCCGUUGAAAGUGAGCUCCUAAAGAACAUCUCUUGUAACAUAUUUCAACCUGUAAUUAACAUAAUAUCUAUUAAGCCUUUAGUAUUUUUAAAAUAUGAUCACUUUAAUGCCAAGCAAACAAUGGUGUGGUGUAUUAAAUAUUUGUGAAAACAAGUGUGGAUCAACCGUCCAUGUUAUUGUACCAUUAACUGAUCCGUUGAUUGUAUUUUUUUUAAGAGACAAUGGUUAAAUUUUGUACUACUGUUUAAUCUGUGCCACAUGUGAAAGUUUCUCAGAGUAUACUUAUCAAAAAUGUGAAAGAAAUUAGUUUCAAUGCCAAUAAUUAUUUCAAAAUGAAAAGUUAUAAAAUGCUCACUUUGAAAAAUUAUUCAAAUGCUCUUUUUGAACAAUGAUUCAUUAGCUUUCAGAAACUCUGUGAUUUUCAUUGCCUGGCAACAUGUAUUUUAUAAGAAUUGCAAUGUUUUAUUGCAGGGCCAAAGAAAUCUGGGUUGCUGCCAAAUAAGUGACUAAGAAUAGGCUGCCAGAGAGCUUGGAAUUAGCAUUAGGCUGGCUUAACCCAGGAUGUGGCUUGGCUCAAAGUCAUGUCUCUUUUGAGACAAACUAUUCAAAUUCCUAAAAGUGGAAGAUAACUGUGUCACUUUAAGAGAAACUAAUGUACUGUAUCUGUAAAAAAAUGGCUUGCAAUAUACAUUAAAAGCUAAAAGACUGACUUGAAUGUGACAUAAGCUAGUUCUUGGUAACACUGACUUGAGUGUGUUGGCAGAUUUCUCAGAUCUUCUCUCAUGGAUUUGGAUUAGCUAAAUUACAACAAUAACUGAUUGGCUAGGUGGUGCAGAGUUGGUACAUUAACUGUACUUUAAAAAUUAAAGCUUGAAUGAGUUAUUGAAUGCUUUGCUUGGUCAGUUUAAGAGUCUAUGACUAGUUGAAGAUAAAGACAAUUUGGGAUAUCAUCAUCAAAUCAUGCAGACCUUUAUUACAUGGCAAAGUACAAUACGUAUAUGUAAAUAAUACAACUAGGGGAAGAUUAAUUAAUAUAAAAGAGCUUGUGACAGUACACCCAGUAUAGAUGUAACCACAGGUACACUAUUAUAAAAAAUUUUAUUUUUCUUUAUUUUGUUAGCCAUUUUGUCAGUUCCUUUGACUGUGAUAAGGGUCCAAUAUCCCAACUUAGUUUAAUCCAGAAUCCAACUUGAGGAAGUCUGUAGAAUCCACUUCAGUGUGAUGGUUGCUGUAAAACUAAUUUUUAAACAAGCCACUGUGAUUUAUGUAGUUGAAAUAUGAUUAAUGUAUGGAUAUUUAUAUGAAAAAAAAUAUAUGUCACAGUUCAUCUUUUUUUUAUUUAUUUUUUUUUAUUUAUCUAGUCGUGAGGUUCAUAUUUUAUUGUCCCUCUUGUACAGAUCUCUCAAUAAAAAGACUUACUGGA